AUGGCAGGGCCAGGGCUUUUCUGGGGGGAGAAGAGUGCCUCUGGACAGGAAAGGGGUGGGGGUCUCGGCCCCUCGCAGCCACCUGACCAUCCCGUUCCCCGGCAGGGCCAGUACUGCGACAUCUGCACAGCCGCAAACAGCAACAAGGCCCACCCCGCGAGCAACGCCAUCGACGGCACAGAGCGCUGGUGGCAGAGCCCGCCACUGUCCCGUGGCCUGGAGUACAACGAGGUCAAUGUCACCCUGGACCUGGGUCAGGUCUUCCAUGUGGCUUACGUGCUCAUCAAGUUUGCCAACUCCCCUCGGCCAGAUCUCUGGGUGCUGGAGCGGUCUACGGACUUUGGCCACACUUACCGGCCUUGGCAGUUCUUUGCCUCCUCCAAGAGGGACUGCCUAGAGCGGUUUGGGCCGCGGACGCUGGAGCGCAUCACGCGGGAUGAUGCCGCCAUCUGCACCACCGAGUACUCACGCAUCGUGCCCCUGGAGAAUGGCGAGAUCGUGGUGUCCCUGGUGAACGGGCGCCCAGGAGCCAUGAACUUUUCCUACUCGCCACUGCUGCGUGACUUUACCAAGGCCACCAACAUCCGCCUGCGCUUUCUGCGCACCAAUACUCUACUGGGCCACCUCAUGGGCAAGGCGCUGCGGGACCCCACCGUCACCCGCCGGUAUUAUUACAGCAUCAAGGACAUCAGCAUCGGCGGCCGCUGUGUCUGCCAUGGCCACGCAGAUGUCUGUGAUGCCAAGGACCCCAUGGACCCCUUUAGGCUGCAGUGUGCCUGUCAGCACAACACUUGCGGGGGCUCCUGCGACCACUGCUGUCCCGGCUUCAACCAGCGACCGUGGAAGCCAGCGACUGCUGACAGCGCCAACGAGUGCCAGUCCUGUAACUGCCACGGCCAUGCCACCGACUGCUACUACGACCCUGAGGUGGACCAGCGCCAUGCCAGCCAGAACCAGGACGGUGCUUAUCAGGGUGGAGGUGUCUGCGUCGACUGCCAGCAUCACACCACCGGCAUCAACUGUGAGCACUGCCUACCUGGCUUCUACCGCUCUCCAGACCACCCUCUCGACUCACCCCACACCUGUCACCGCUGCAACUGUGAGUCAGACUUCACUGAUGGGACCUGUGAGGACCUGACAGGCCGCUGCCACUGCCGGCCCAGCUUUGUGGGGGAGCAGUGCAACACGUGUGCUGAGGGCUACACAGGCUUCCCGCACUGCUACCCGGUGCCCCCGUUCUCCCCCAAUGACACUGGGGAACAGGUGCUGCCAGCUGGACAGAUUGUGAACUGUGACUGCAGCGCCGCGGGGACCCAGGGCAACGCAUGCCGGAAGGACCCGCGACUGGGACGCUGCGUGUGCAAGCCCAAUUUCCAGGGUACCCACUGUGAGCUCUGCGCCACAGGGUUCUACGGUCCAGGCUGCCAGCCCUGCCAGUGUUCCGGUCCUGGAGUGGCGGACAGCCGCUGCGACCCCAACACAGGCCAGUGCAGGUGCCGGGUGGGCUUCGAGGGGGCUGCGUGUGAUCGCUGUGCCUCUGGCUACUUCCGCUUCCCUCUCUGCCAGCUGUGUGGCUGCAGCCCUGUGGGGACCCUGUCUGAAGACUGUGAUGAGACUGGCCGCUGCCCGUGCCGGCCUGGGUUUGCCGGCCCUCACUGUGACCGCUGCCACCCAGGCCACCACGGCUAUCCUGACUGCCACGCCUGUACCUGCGACCCCCAGGGAGCCCUGGAGCAGCUCUGCGGGGUAGGUGGGGUGUGCCAUUGUCGCCCUGGCUACGCAGGUGCCACUUGCCAGGAGUGCAGCCCUGGCUUCCACGGCUUCCCCGAGUGUGUCCCCUGCCACUGCUCCGCUGAGGGAUCCCUGCAUGUAGCCUGUGACCCCCGAAGUGGUCAGUGCACCUGCCGGCCACGUGUGACGGGGCUGCGGUGUGACACGUGCAUGCCAGGAGCCUACAACUUCCCCUACUGCGAAGCUGGCUCCUGCCACCCUGCUGGACUGGCUCCAGCCAAUCCGGUCCUUCCUGAGAAACAGACCCCCUGUGUGUGUCGGGCUCACGUGGAGGGGCCAAGCUGUGAUCGCUGCAAACCUGGGUUCUGGGGACUUAGCCCCAGCAACCCUGAGGGCUGCACCCGCUGCAGUUGCGACCCCAGGGGCACGCUGGGUGGCGUUACUGAGUGCCAGCUGGGCAAUGGCCAGUGCUUUUGCAAGCCCCAUGUGUGUGGCCAGACCUGUGCAGCAUGCAAGGAUGGCUUCUUCGGGCUAGAUCAGGCUGAUUACUUUGGCUGCCGCAGCUGCCGGUGCGAUGUUGGCGGUGCGCUGGGCCAGGGCUGUGAGCCAAGGACGGGCGCCUGCCGGUGCCGCCCCAAUAUCCAGGGCCCCACCUGCAGCGAGCCGGCCAAGAACCACUACCUCCCUGACCUACACCAUCUGCGGCUGGAGCUGGAGGAAGCAUCCACACCAGAGGGCCACACUGUGCGCUUCGGCUUCAACCCCCUAGAGUUUGAGAACUUCAGCUGGAGGGGUUAUGCGCAGAUGGGCCCCAUCCAGCCCAGGAUUGUGGCCAGGCUGAACCUGACUGCCCCUGAUGUCUUCUGGCUGAUCUUCCGAUACGUCAACCGUGGACCCACCACUGUGAGUGGGCACGUCUCCAUGAGAGAGGAGGGCAAGUUUGCUGCCUGUGACAACUGCACAGAGCAGAGCCAGCCCGUGGCCUUCCCGCCCAGCACAGAGCCCACCUUUGUGACCGUGCCCCAGAGGGGCUUCGGGGAGCCCUUUGUGUUGAACUCCGGCACCUGGGCCCUGCUCGUGGAGGCAGAAGGGGUGCUUCUGGAUUACGUGGUUCUGCUGCCCAGUGCGUACUAUGAAGCGGCCCUCCUGCAGCUGCGGGUGACUGAGGCCUGCAGCUACCGGCUGACCACUCAGCGCUUUGGAGAGAACUGCCUCCUCUAUGCCCACCUCCCCCUGGACGGCUUCCCCUCGGCUGCUGGGCCAGAUGCCCAGUGUCGUCACGAUAACAGCCUACCGCGGCCCUGCCCCACGGAGCAGCUCAGUCCCUCACACCCGCAGCUGGCCGCCUGCCUGGGCAGUGAUGUGGAUGUCCAGCUGCAGGUGGCAGUGCUGCGGCCUGGCCGCUAUGCCCUGGUGGUGGAGUAUGUCAAUGAAGAUGCCCGCCAGGAGGUGGGCGUAGCUGUGCACACCCGCCAGCGGGGCCCCCAGGAGGGGGCACUCACCCUCCACCCCUGCCCAUACAGCACCCUGUGCCGGGGCACCGCGAGGGACGCCCAGGAUCACCUGGCCAUCUUCUACCUGGACUCAGAGGCCAGCAUCCGGCUUACAGCCGAGCAGGCACGCUUCUUCCUGCACCGCGUCACCCUGGUGCCCGUGGAGGAGUUCAGUCCAGAGUUUGUGGAGCCACGAGUCCACUGCAUCAGCAGCCAUGGCACCUUUGGCCCCGGCAGUGCCGCCUGUGUGCCCUCACGCUUUCUGAAGCCACCCCAGCCCAUCAUCCUCAGGGACUGCCAGGUGCUGCCGUUGCCGCCCGGUUUCCCUCUGACACUCUCACAGGACCUCACACCAGACGCAUCCCUGCCCAGGCCUCAACCUCGGCCCCCUACUGCUGUGGACCCCCACGCGGAGCCCACCCUGAUACAGCACCCCCAGGGCACUGUGGUCUUCACUGCCCACAUGCCCACGCUGGGCCGCUACGCCUUCCUGCUGCACGGCUACCAGCCAGCCCACCCCACCUUCCCCAUGGAGGUCCUCAUCAACGGGGGUCGCGUCUGGCAGGGCCACGCCAACGCCAGCUUCUGCCCACAUGGCUACGGCUGCCGUACCCUGGUGGUAUGUGAGGGUCGGGCCCUGCUGGACGUUACCGACGGCGAGCUCACUGUGACCGUGCGUGUGCCCGAGGGCCGCUGGUUCUGGCUGGAUUACGUUCUGGUGGUCCCCGAGGACGCCUACAGCCCUGGUUAUCUCCGGGAGGAGCCUCUGGACAAAUCCUAUGACUUCAUCAGCCACUGUGCCACCCACGGCUACCACAUCAGCCCCAGCAGCUCAUCCCUUUUCUGCCGGAACGCCGCCACCUCCCUCUCCCUCUCCUACAACAAUGGGGCUCGUCCAUGCGGCUGCCAUGAGGUGGGCGCCACGGGCCCCACUUGUGAGCCCUUCGGGGGCCAGUGCCCCUGCCGUGCCCACGUCAUUGGCCGGGAUUGCUCACGCUGUGCUACUGGUUACUGGGGCUUCCCCAACUGCAGACCCUGUGACUGUGGCGCCCGCCUCUGUGAUGAGCUCACGGGUCGCUGCAUCUGCCCACCACGCACCGUCCUGCCCGACUGCCUGAUCUGCCAGCCUCAGACUUUUGGCUGCCACCCCCUGGUGGGCUGUGAGGAGUGCAACUGCUCUGGGCCCGGCGUCCAGGAGCUCACAGACCCCACCUGCGACAGGGACAGCGGCCAGUGCAAGUGCAGACCCCACGUCGCUGGGCGCCGCUGUGACACCUGUGCUCCCGGCUUCCACGGCUACCCCAGCUGCCAGCCCUGUGACUGCCACGAGGCAGGCACUGCACCUGGCAUGUGCGACCUCCUCACGGGCCAGUGCUACUGCAAGGAGAACGUGCAGGGCCCCAGAUGCGACCAGUGCCGCCUUGGAACCUUCUUCCUGGAUGCCACCAACCCCAAAGGCUGCACCCGCUGCUUCUGCUUCGGGGCCACGGAGCGCUGUGGGAGCUCAGCCUAUACCCGCCAGGAGUUCGUAGACAUGGAUGGCUGGAUCCUGCUGAGCAGUGACCGGCAGGUGGUGCCCCACGCACGGCGGGCAGGGACGGAGCUUCUCCACGCAGACUUGCGGCAUGCACCUGACACCUUUCCUGAGCUAUACUGGCAGGCUCCACCCUCCUACCUGGGCGACAGGGUGUCAUCCUACGGAGGGACCCUCCGCUACGAACUACACUCAGAAACCCAGCGGGGGGAUGUCUUCAUCCCCACAGAGAGCAGGCCGGAUGUGGUGCUGCAGGGGAACCAGAUGAGCAUCACAUUCCUGGAGUCAGCAUACCCUGUGCCUGGACACGUUCACCGCGCACAGCUGCAGCUGGUGGAGGGAAACUUCCGGCACACGGAGACGCAUAGUGCAGUGUCCCGCGAGGAGCUCAUGAUGGUGCUGGCUGGUCUAGAGCAACUGCAGAUCCGUGCCCUCUUCUCGCAGACCUCCUCAGCUGUCUCCCUGCGCAGGGUGGUGCUGGAGGUAGCCAGCAGGGCGGGCAGGGGACCCCCAGCCAGCAACGUGGAACUGUGCAUGUGCCCCGCCAACUACCGUGGGGACUCAUGCCAGGAAUGUGCCCCUGGCUAUUAUCGGGACGUUAAAGGUCUCUUCCUUGGCCGGUGUGUCCCCUGUCAGUGUCACAGCCACUCAGACCGCUGCCUCCCAGGCUCUGGCAUCUGCGUGAGCUGCCAGCACAACACUGAGGGUGACCGCUGUGAGCGCUGCCGUGCCGGUUUUGUGAGCAGCAGGCCUGGGGACCCCACAGCUCCCUGUGUCAGCUGCCCCUGUCCCUUGGCAGUACCCUCCAACAACUUCGCCGACGGUUGCAUCCUGCGCGGUGGCCAUGCCCAGUGUCUCUGCAAACCUGGUUACGCAGGGGCCUCCUGCGAGCGGUGCGCACCUGGCUUCUUUGGGAACCCAUUGGUGCUGGGCAGCUCCUGCCAGCCAUGCGACUGCAGCGGCAAUGGCGACCCCAACUUGAUCUUCAGCGACUGCGACCCCCUGACAGGCGCCUGUCGGGGCUGCCUGCACCACACCACUGGGCCACGCUGCGAGAGCUGUGCCCCCGGCUUCUAUGGCAAUGCCCUGCAGCCCGGCAACUGCACCCGUUGCGACUGCACCCCAUGUGGGACAGAGGCCUGCGACCCCCACAGUGGGCACUGCUUGUGCAAGGCGGGUGUGACUGGACAGCGCUGUGACCGCUGUCAGGAAGGACAUUUCGGCUUCGGCAGCUGUGGGGGCUGCCGCCCAUGCACCUGUGGACCAGCUGCUGAGGGUUCCGAGUGUCACCCCCAGAGCGGGCAGUGCCACUGUCAGCCAGGGGCUGGGGGACCCCAGUGCCGCGAGUGUGCCCCUGGCUACUGGGGGCUCCCUGAGCAGGGAUGCAGGCGCUGCCAGUGCCCGGGAGGUCGCUGUGACCCUCACACAGGCCGUUGUACCUGCCCCCCGGGGCUCAGCGGGGAGCGCUGUGACACUUGCAGCCAGCAGCACCAGGUGCCGGUGCCCGGCGGGCCUGGGGGCCGUGGCGUCCACUGUGAAGUGUGUGACCACUGUGUUGUCCUGCUCCUGGACGACCUGGAGCGCGCCGGUGCCCUCCUCCCAGCCAUCCGCGAGCAGCUACGUGGGGUCAAUGCCAGCUCCGUGGCCUGGGCCCGGCUGCACAGGCUGAAUGCCUCCAUUGCAGACCUGCAGAGCCAGCUCCGGAGCCCCCCGGGCCCCUACCCUGAGACGGCACAGCAGCUGGAGGUACUGGAGCGGCGGAGCACAAGCCUCAGACAGGACACACAGCGGCUGGACAGCCAGGCCACAGGCACCCGAGACCGGGCAGGGCGGCUGCUAGAGGGCACCGAAGCCACAUUGGGCCGGGCGCAGGCAUUGCUGGUGGCCAUCCGGGCUGUGGACCUUGCCCUGAGCGAGCUGGCAUCCCAGACAGGUCACCUGUGGCCUGCCAAUGUCACGGCCCCAUCAGGAGAGCAGCUGCGUCGAAUGCUGGCCGAGGUGGAGCGGUGGCUCGGGGACAUGCGGGCCCGUGACCUGGGGCCCCCCCGGGCAGCAGCUCAGGAUGAGCUGGCAGAGGCCCAGAGACUGCUGGCCCGUGUGCAGCAGCAGCUGACCAGUCGCUGGGAGGAAAACCAGGCACUGGCCACACGCACCCGCGACCAGCUGGCCCAGCACGAGGCCAGCCUCAUGGACCUGAGGGAGGCCCUAAACCGAGCAGUGAAUGCUACGCGGGAGGCUGAGGAGCUCACCAGCCACAACCAGGAGCGCCUGGAAGAGGCCCUGCAAUGGAAGCAGGAGCUGUCUCAGGACAAUGCUACCCUGAGGGCCACUCUGCAGACCGCCCGCAACACCCUGGCCCGGGUCUCUGAGCUGCUACGUGGCAUGGACCAGGCCAAGGAGGAGUUCGAGCGCCUCGCCGCCAAUUUGGACGGGGCCCGGACGCCACUACUGCAGAGGAUACAGGCCUUCUCCCCUGCGGGUGACAAGUUGGGCCUCGUGGAGGCCGCUGAAGCCCAUGCACGGCAACUGGACCGGCUGGCGUUCAACCUGUCCAGUAUCAUCCUCGGCAUCAACCAGGACCGCUUCAUCCAGAGGGCCAUCGAGGCCUCCAACGCCUAUGGCAGCAUCCUGCAGGCUGUGCAGGCCGCCGAGGGCGCUGCUGGCCAGGCCCUGCAGCAGGCCAGCCACACAUGGGCGACAGUGGUACAGCGGGGUCUGGCGGCCCGCGCCCGACAGUUGCUGGUCAACAGCAGCGCCCUAGAGGAGGCUGUGCUCAGGGAACAGCGUAGAUUGGACCGCGUGCACGCUGUACUCCAGGGCACCGGGACUCAGCUCCGAGACGUCCAGGUCAAGAAAGACCAGCUGGCAGCCCAGAUACAGGAGGUGCGGGCCAUGCUGGCCAUGGACACAGAUGAGACCAGCAAGAAGAUUGCCCACGCCAAGGCUGUGGCUGCCGAAGCCCAGGCCACAGUCGCCCAUGUGCAGUCCCAGCUGCAGGACAUGCAGGAAAAACUAGAACGGUGGCAGCGCCAGUAUGGGGACCUGCGGGGCCAGGACCUGGGCCAGGCAGUGCUGGAUGCUGGACAUUCAGUGUCCACCCUGGAGAAGACGCUGCCCCAGCUGCUGGCCAAGCUGAGUGUCCUGGAGAACCGCGGGGCCCGCAAUGCCAGCCUGGCCCUGUCCGCCAGCAUCGGUCGCGUGCGGGAGCUCAUAGCUCAGGCCCGUGGAGCUGCCCGCAAGGUCAAGGUGCCCAUGAAGUUCAAUGGGAGCUCCGGAGUGCAGGUACGCAUGCCGCGGGACCUCGCCGACCUGGCCGCCUACACUGCCCUCAAGUUCUAUCUACAGAGCCCAGAGCCAAAGCCCGAGCAGGCCACCGGGAACCACUUUGUGCUGUACAUGGGCAGUCGCCAGGCCACUGGGGACUAUAUGGGCGUGUUUCUGCAUGACCAGAAGGUGCACUGGGUGUACCGACUAGGGGCGGCAGGCCCCACAACCCUCAGCAUCGACGAGGACGUUGGGGAGCAAUUUGUGACCGUCAGCAUGGAGAGGACCCUUCAGUUUGGCUACAUGUCUGUCACCGUGGAGAGGCAGAUGGUCCGGGAGACCAAAAAUGACACGGUGGCCCCUGGGCCGGAGGGGCUGCUCAACCUGCGGCCUGAUGACUUUGUCUUCUAUGUCGGGGGCUACCCCAGCAGCUUCACGCCUCCCGCACCCCUUCACUUUCCCUGCUUCCGGGGCUGUGUUGAGCUGGACACACUGAACGAGGAGGUGGUCAGUCUCUACAACUUCGAGAGGACCUUCAAGCUGGACACGGCUAUGGAUAAGCCUUGUGCCCGCUCCAAGUCCAGCGGGGACCCGUGGCUCACGGAUGGCUCCUACCUGGACCUUCGGAGGCUCUUCCCCUCGGGAGGCUCCGUGCGUGGCUGCAUCAAGGGUAUCAAAGCUCUGGGCAAGUACGUGGACCUCAAGCGGCUGAACACGACUGGUGUGAGCGCUGGCUGCACGGCUGACCUGCUGGUGGCCCGCGCCAUGACUUUCCACGGCCACGGCUUCCUGCCCCUGGCGCUCCCUGAAGUGGGGACCCUCACCGGCGACAUCUACUCAGGCUUUGGCUUCCGCAGCACCCAGGACAGCGCCCUGCUCUACUACCGGGCAUCACUGCAUGGGCUGUGUCAGGUGUCCCUGCAGCAGGGCCAGGUGACGCUCCAGCUUCUGAGGACUGAGGUGAGGAGUCGAGGGGGCUUCGCCGAUGGCGUUCCCCAUUAUGUCACAUUCUACAGCAACUCUACAGGGGUCUGGCUGUUCGUGGAUGACCAGCUGCAGCAGAUGAAGUCCCACCGGGGGCCACCUCCCAGGCCCCAGCCCCAGCCCCACCCCGAGGCACCCCCAAGGCUCUUCCUGGGAGGCCUGCCUGAAUCUGGCACCUUCCGCAACUUCAGUGGCUGCCUCAGCAAUGUCUUUGUGCGGCGGGUCCUGGAGCCCCAGCGCGUGCUUGACCUGCAGCAGACCACAGGCAGUGUCAAUGUGAGCACAGGCUGUGCCCCUGCCCCGCACGGCCGGACCCUGGGACUGGGGCCACGAGGACUGCAGGCUGCAGCUCGAAAGGUUGCUCAGAUAGAAGGCCCUAGGCCCCGGCUCCGUGUCCAGAGCCGGCGGCGUUCCCGAGUUGGCCGCUGGCACACGGUGUCCGUGCACUGGGAGAAGAAUCGGAUUCAGCUGGUAACAGAUGGGACCCGGGCCUGGAGACAGGAGCAGCCCUGGCAGCAGCCCCAGAGGGAGAAACACCCCCAGCCCUACACCCUCUUUGUGGGGGGCCUCCCGGCUGGCAACCACAGCUCUAUUCUGCCCAUGAGACCCACUAUGCCACACCCCCUGCCCAGCCUGGCCGUCAGCCACCAUCCUCAGCAGCCCCUACCGGUGACUGUCGGCUUCAACGGCUGUGUGACAAGACUAAUGCUGGGCAGGAGGCCUCUGGGGACCCCCACACGGAUGGUGGGGGUCACCGCCUGCGUCCCAGGCCCCCUGGAGGAGGGCCUCUUCUUCCCAGGCAGUGGGGGAGUCGUCACUCUAGACUCCCCAGUGGCCACACUGCCCAACGUGAGGCUGGACCUAGAAGUGCGGCCCCUGGCAGUGUCUGGCCUGAUCUUCCACCUGGGCAGGAUCCAGGGCUCCCCCUACCUGCAGUUGCAAGUGACCGGAAAGCAGGUCCUGCUCCGGGCAGAUGACGGGACAGGGGAGUUCUCCACGUUGGUGACACGCCCCACAGCGCUGUGUGAUGGCCAGUGGCACCGACUGGCAGUGACCAAAGGUGGGAAUGUGCUCCGGCUGGAGGUGGAUGCACAGAGCAACCAUACUGUGGGCCCCCCGCUGGCCAUCUUGGCCCAUGCAGUGGCUCCUCUGCACCUCGGAGGUCUUCCUGAACCCAUGGCCCUGCAGCCUGCACCUCCCGCCUACAGUGGCUGCAUGAGGAAACUGGUGGUGAACCAAUCCCCUGUUGCUGUGACGCCCUCUGCUCGUGUCCAGGGAGCAGUAGGGGCUAGUGGCUGUCCGGCCACAUAGGGUGCCCCCCAACCCUGGCAAAGGCUGGACCCGCUCCCAGGGCUGUCCUGACACCAUGGAGCCCUGGCCCAUGUUCGGCGUCUCAUGGCUCUCCGCAUGUUCACAGAUCUCUGUACUCAUCUGGAUUUGGGGUUCUAUGGUGGCUGAGCUUGUUUCUAGAAAUGGUUUAAGUUAUAUCUUUUCAGUGAAAGAGUAAACUACUGUAAAAAUGGGGUUUUUAUGUUUCCUACCUUUCACCAACUUGUAAUAGUAUGAGAUCUGUCAACCAGGGGUCCUUCUUAAAACAAAUUAAAACGUAACUUCUGCUUAA